AUGGCGCAACAAUCGUUGAUCUACAGUUUCGUUGCUCGCGGCACGGUGAUCCUCGUUGAGUUCACUGAUUUCAAAGGUAAUUUCACCUCCAUCGCUGCUCAGUGCCUCCAGAAGCUUCCGUCUACGAACAACAAAUUUACUUACAACUGCGACGGUCACACUUUCAACUACCUUGUCGAAGAUGGAUUCACCUACUGUGUUGUUGCGGUUGAUUCUGCUGGGAGGCAGAUUCCGAUGGCCUUUUUGGAAAGAGUGAAAGAAGAUUUUAACAAGAGAUAUGGUGGAGGAAAGGCUGCGACUGCUCAAGCAAACAGCUUGAAUAAAGAGUUUGGGUCUAAGCUGAAAGAGCAUAUGCAGUAUUGCAUGGAUCAUCCAGAUGAGAUUAGCAAGCUUGCUAAGGUGAAGGCGCAAGUGUCUGAAGUUAAGGGUGUUAUGAUGGAAAACAUCGAGAAGGUUCUUGACCGUGGUGAGAAAAUCGAGCUUUUGGUGGACAAAACCGAGAACCUUCGCUCACAGGCACAAGAUUUCAGAACAACGGGAACACAGAUGAGAAGAAAGAUGUGGCUUCAGAACAUGAAAAUAAAACUCAUAGUUCUCGCCAUCAUCGUCGCACUGAUUCUGAUCAUUGUGCUCUCAGUUUGCCAUGGCUUCAAGUGUUAA